AGUAGUGCUGUUCCGAUAAUGGCCUCCUUUUCCGUUUCCCUAGAUACGCCCUGCUCUUUGACAUAGUAUGAGCUCAGUGCAUGUCAUUGUCUGAUUAAUAAAUACGUGCACCUCUACCGCCCAUGGCCGUGCUGUAAUCUAGCAUUUCUGGUUCUCCUGGAAGCGAUUGGAUACAGAAGAAAAAUUUUUGGAGGUAAAUUUAGGUAUGUGUGCCUGUAUCAAAGGCAAUUGACAUCAUGGGUAAAGGUCAUCAAGGUCAAGGUGUGUCAGAGGUCAAUAAACACGGUUACUACUCAUGGGAUGAAGUGAAAAAGCACAGCACUCGGACAGACAAGUGGGUUGUGAUUGAGGAUGGAGUGUAUGAUGUCUCCCAGUGGGUGAAGAGACACCCAGGGGGACUCAAGGUGCUGUCCCACUACGCUGGGGAAGAUGCCACUGAUCCCUUUGUUGCCUUUCAUCCUGACAAGAAAAUCGUCAGGAAGUUCCUCAAACCUCUCCGUAUCGGAUCAUUGUCACCGAAUGACACAGUCAAGGCAAGCAUCGUGACUGAUAUGCGUGACCUUCGAACCCAGGCGGAGGAGAUGGGUCUCUUCACCCCUAACCUCUGGUUCUACGCUGCCCACCUAGGCCACAUUCUUGCCCUUGAGGUUCUGGGUUGGCUGGUGUUGUGGUAUUAUGGAACAGGAUGGCUGCCUUAUUUGUUCACAGCUGUGUUGCUCACGAUUUCACAGGCCCAAGCUGGAUGGUUGCAGCAUGACCUGGGUCAUCUAUCGGUCUUUCGUCAAUCCCGCUGGAACCAUUGGCUGCAUUACUUUGUCAUUGGAGGUCUGAAGGCUGCCUCUGCUCAUUGGUGGAACUACCGUCACUUCCAGCAUCACGCCAAGCCUAAUGUGGUCAAGAAGGACCCUGACAUCACCAUGCCUUACCUGUUCCUCUUUGGAGACAAAAUGCCCAUCAAGUGGGCAAGCCUGAAGAGAGGCUUCAUGCCCUACAACUACCAACAGGGCUACUUCUUCCUAAUCGGUCCACCGUUGUUGCUCCCCAUUUAUUUCCACGUGGAGAAUAUGUACCACAUCUUUACGAAGAAGGUCUGGACUGAUCUUGCUUGGACGGUCAUCUUCUUUGUCCGGUUCUUCGCAACCUACGGACCUCUGCUGGGUGGUCUGAGUGCCUUUGGCUUGUACAUGUUUGUCAGGUUCCUGGAGAGUCACUGGUUUGUCUGGGUGACCCAGAUGAAUCACAUCCCCAUGGAGGUAGAUACUGACCACCGUCGGGACUGGUUGACGUUGCAAGUACAAGCCACAUGCAAUGUUCAGCCCUCCUUCUUCAAUGACUGGUUUACUGGCCACCUUAACUAUCAGAUCGAACACCACCUUUUUCCCACCAUGCCGAGGCACAACUACAUGAAGAUAGUGCCCCACGUCAAAGCUCUGUGCAUGAAACACGGCUUGAGGUACCAAUCCAAGACACUGCUGGGUGCAUUUGCAGACAUCGUCUAUUCCCUCAGAACUUCUGGUCAACUGUGGUAUGAUGCUUACAACCACACCUAAACAGGGCGUACUAUCAGGAAGGUGAUCAACCAUGCCUCUAUGCAAGCAGUGCUCUGCAGCAAGUCAAGUGCCUGAGUGGCAAUAUGUGCCCUAUUGGGGACCAAUAAUUUUGACAUUUUUUCCAGAGUGAAUUAAGGUAAAUGUACACAAUUUAUUAGUUCUGGUCACAACCUCUGAUUCCAGAAUGCUGUUGAUUCAGGAGGAUGUUAGGUCACAUGAUCAUAAGUGUUAAGAAUAAGUCAGUGCAGUAUUUUUGAAAGGCAAGGUUAUAUGAAAACAUUGCGUCGCACCUAAUGUUGUACCAGCAUGAAUAUGUUCAGCGUGUGUACGUGUGAGUUGACGUUUGGCCACAUUGAAAGGGCCAACCUAGCACGCUCAUUCUGCUUGUCUGGAAUGACCCGCGACAUGCUUAAUUUUUAUGCCUGCGCUGCUGGAAUGAGCCACUUCAGUUUUUCCCAAAGGUGAGGUCAUUCAAGUACAAAAGCACCCGACGUCAUGCUAGCUCAAAUGUGUUCAAUGCGCAAAGGUCAUUGUUAGGACUGACAGUAGUCACAUGUAUUGAUGUUCACAGCUGAUGUACGUCAUGCAUCAUAUUGUGCCUGUGCCGUUGGAGCGCCCAACUGACUCAUUGCCAUGUGCAUAUCAUGGACUACUGCUGCCAUUGGUUGUUAGCUUUCGGUUGCCAUGGUAACAUGCUUCAUUACUUCCCACAAGGGCCAGAUUAUCCAACAGGCACACUGGGCACUGUGCCCAUACUGACUACAAACAAAUUUAAAAACAAACUACAAAAUACAAACUACAAAAAACCCACCGUAGUGAUAAGGCAUGAUAUUGGUUUUACUGUUCCCUUCCCUCUGAAGAAUGUCACAUGAUAAGAAAUUUGAUAAUUCACAUCAUAGGAGAGGUAAAAGGAUCUUGGAAUUUGUUGUCCUGUUGUUUCUUGUUAUUUUCUCCAUUCUAUUCUUAGUCAAACUACUUUUGGAGGUCUGCAGGGACAUUUUUCCGAUUCUCUGUCAGGGUCAAAUAUCAUACCUGAACAUGAAAUACAUGAACACCCACACAGGAGUAUUAUACAGAUGGUGUAAAUCAUUCCUUUGCCGCCUUUUGUCCAGACGCUUUGCUGAUAGUUCCCAUUAGUUUUGUGUUUUGGAUACCUAUCCUCAGACAGGAAGGGAUUUUUGUCAUAUGCAUUUCAAUUUACUGUAAAUGGACACCCCAAAACCUACACACUAACAACAUAACUUUUUGAAUGUAUUAUCACCUCUCUCUGAAUUGGUGGCAUUUGGAAAGUUUUAAAGUAGCCAGCAGUAGCCUAGGCAUAAACAUGACAUGCAAGAUUUCAGUGAUUACUAGCCUUGAGUCAGGGUUGCAUUAACAGUACCCUAGGCCCCAGAGUUUACAGGCCCCCUACUCCACCCUGGGAGCAGGCGACAUUCAAUUUCACAGUGCUGCAUGGUGCUGUUGCUAAGCGAAUCAGGCCAAACUAAUAACUCAGAUCGGCAAUAUGUGCUUCAGAAUGACAACCUUUGCAUGUAAAUUGUACACUUGUAUGUACAGUUAUACAUGAGUGCCAGGUGAAGUAAUCAUUUUAAUGAGCAGAUGUCUGGCACAUUUCUGGAAAAAAAAUCAUUACUUUUAAAACACUUGUAUGCAGUGGAAUAGGAAGGUUUAGUCAUACAUGUACAUGUACAGUAGUUCUAAGCCACUUCAUGGAAGAGGUCCUGUAAACAUUCAAUACACUUAGUUAUGUUCUAAUAAUUUCACAGAGACUUGCAUGGUCAACUGCUUUAUUUUAGUCCAUCCCUAAAAUUCUUUGUAGCUCCCUCUUGCUUUUGUAGCACAGUGCCUGUUGUACCUAUUGGAUAAUCGGCCUGGCCCUGAGUUCGUGCUGGUGCUUAGGCCCACCCCCACAAAAAAAUUAAUCCGGCCCCGUUCCCUUUGUCAAAUAACUUGGACAAGGUCAUCUGAUUUCAAGCUUAGCUUCAUAUCACAUGAUCUUAUUUGCUGGCCUUAGCGAGAACUUGGAAUCAGGCCAUAUUCCUACUGAUUGGCAGGCUGGGUCCAUUUCUCCUGACGACAGUAUAUUGUCCGAAACAUUGAGUCUACUGGUCAGUUUCAGAGCCCCACUCACAAGAGAGACGUGUUGCUAUCAUGAACCUGCUAUCAUGAACCUUCCCCUUAUUGCUACGUCCACCAUGCAGUCCUUCAAAUCCUAUUUAGGUUGAGAUAAUCUGCCUUGGGUACUGCUGAGGUUGAGGAAUCUAAUGGAGGUUAAAAUUGACCAAAAUUGGGAUCAGAUGUGGGACUUACCGUUACGUGUAAUGGGAAGAUAUAUGUUCCUCCUCAUAUUUAAAUGCAGCCCAUAGCAUGUCUUCCAGGAAUCAUUGUGUAAGAUUUGUAAUGGCUUUUGAAAAUUUAAGUGUUUCAAAAUUGAUGGCUCUGUUUCCUGGAAAGUUAAAAAGAGUUAUUUCAGAUCUUCUCAAACAGGCAUAAGAUCUGAAAAGUAUGCAAUUUGCUCUUGUUUUUCUUAUGUGUUUUGUCUUUCUCUGUGUAAGUGCACGAUUUUUUGGCCAUUAGUUAAAUGUGAAUUUCUUUUGUAACUGAAAUUCACCUGUUCAUAUGCAUUCCACUUGAAGGAUUUUGAUCAGUUUCACUAUAGCACUUUUUGUAUUUGAAAUAAGAACAUGGCAGCUUUAGAAAUAUAUUACAUUCUUAUUUUUGACCAAAGAAUAGUUUUAUUCUUUACAAAUAGUAGAAUAUAAUCAAAGACAGUUAUAUAAAUAUUGGGGAAAAAUUAGGGAAUUAUUUACCCAACAAGAUUUUUUGAUUGAAAUUAAGCCAGCUGAAGUUUAACUAAUAAGGUUUCCUGUUCUUGCCAUAGUGUGCAAUGCUUAAAAACAUCAGGCUCCUACAGUGACUUGCUGUUCUCGUGUCUGGGUGUUAUGCCUCGCCUUGUAGUAAGAUGAUUUUUCAAGUAGCGCACUUUCUGGUAGAGGACUCCACGGUUGUCAUUGCUUUAUUGUCGUCGUUCUUGUUAUUAUUUGCCAAAAAAAUCUUGCAUUUAAGAUGCAAUUUGUGACUGUGUGAUCGCACCACUCAUUGAUAUCAAAUGAAGACAAAAUAUGAAUGAAUAAUGUAAUUAUGAAAUCUCCAAUAAUGGCAAAAUUUUUUUUUAAUGCAGUGUACACUCUUUUUGGAUUUUUGUAAUUGGCUUCCUUGAGUGUUCCUCUUCCUUUUGCUACCGAUAACCCUUACCCCCAAAGGCCUCUAAACCCAUUUUUCAGCUGUGUGGACAUCUUUUGUUAUCAGGCCCAUGCUGCUACACACACACACACACUGGAUUGGGUGUGCAUGCACCUACUCAUGAUUGCGUGCACGCACCACCAGUUUUUCUGUUGCAUUUACAAACCUGUUGCAUCAUCUUUUGGGAUAAGUUUACCUCAGCAUAACUAAAAUAGCACUUUCAAUAACCCUUUAACAGUGAGGUUCUACACGUUUACCACUAGGUGUACACUAAUGCACUGUGUCCGUUGUCAUCUCACAUUUUCAAGUUUACAAAUUUUAGGGUUGUAAUGAAUCAGAACUGAAAUGUAUUUUAUUUUGCAAACAAUGAAAUUUUACCAUGGAUCUUUCUUGACCGUUGCCACUUUUUAAAGUAAAUAUUUUGUAGGCAGCAUCUUAGACUAGAAGUCUGUACUGCAUAUGGACUAUUAGCCAGAUUCAGGCUAAAUUUGCAAGUGAAGUACUUUGAAAUUUUGUCCAAAAAAAAGCUGAUUUGCGUCAUACUACUCAGGAUAUCUUGAAUUUAAAAUAUAUACACCAAAUACAAGUGUGAAUCUGUGUGAAUUUUUAAUGUAUCGCCAGUUGUGUUGCUUUGAUGCAGAUUGAUUGCCUAAGUACAUUAUUAAUCUAGAUAUAGCAUGUACUUAAGAGCGUGGUAGAAGAUUGAGCACCUGCAUUGCUUUUUAAUACAGUUUUUAGUUCAGAAAUAAUGCUAUGCAUGAUAUUGGUAUCUCCUUAAUAAGUAUUUCUAAAGAAUGAAAUUGAAGUUUUUUUAUGGAUGAGUGUGUUUUAUAUUGUGAUUGCUAUAACUACAAAGGUAAUUUUAAAAAGUAAACAUCAAACGUCUUAAAUUUUAAUUCAAAAAUUAGUAGAUUAAAACGAAUUUAUAAACAGGAAAAAUUUUGCCGUUUGCUUUGUGGAAGGUCUGUAAUGCUGUCUAAAACAAAAGGGGGCGCAACAUAAGAUAUUCAUGAGAAAACAAACACGUUGAGGUGAAAGUAUACGUGUACGUGCAUAUAGAAUGCUAAACAGUAGUUUUUAUGCAUAGUGUGGGGUGCGAUGAGACAAAGUUUGACUUUUUCGACGGUAUAUCCCUGUCAUUUUAUUGUUUGGAGCGGUGCUCGUCAUUUUGACAUACGUGCAUGGUUUUUAUCUGUCUUGUUUGGUGUGAUACUCGUAGAUGUUACAGAGGGAAAAAAUUCAAUAAACAAGCGCUACCUUUUAAAC